AUGAACAGUCUAACUGUCUGGGUUUUCCUCUCCGUGUGUACAAUCUCUGCAUUUUCUCUUCCAUUCUAUUCGAAAAGAGAGCUCGCUCCAUCGCUGACUCUUCAUCGAAUUAAUGCUCUCAAAGACACCAUCGAUCAGUUGAAUGACAUCAAAAAGGCAAUGAGAUGUCGGGAAAGAGCCAACGAGCUAGCAUCAAAGCGCUCAAAACGAAUGAUCUCUCCAUCCCUGCGUCUCUCCGAACUGAUUGAUCCAUUGGUGACGGGAGAGAGUGUGCCAAGUGAGGAGGCGCAGAUACAAUCACAAAUCGACGAUGAAUGUGUUGGAUUUUAUCACGAUAUUCCGUAUUACUUUUAG